AUGGAGUCAAAAUCUUCGCUCGCGUCAGAACUUCCGUUAGAUGUGCUCCGGAUUAUAUUUAUAUACGUUCGUAAGGCUGGAAAAAAUCCAAAUGCAUAUGAUCGUGGUGCUCGCCGAAGCCUACACUCAUGUCUUUUAGUUAACCGGCAAUGGUGCCAGGCUGCCGUUCCCAUCCUCUGGCGCAAUUCUUUCUACUAUUGUAGCCUUGGAAAUUCCAGGUUGAUAGAUACCUAUAUUUCUUGUUUCAACUCCGAUGAACGUAAUGAGCUCACGUCCAAAGGUUUUGUCCUUAAAAGAUCGUCGCGUUAUCGACGUUCUACAUUUCCGUACGCGGCAAUGCUGAAACGAUUAGAUUAUGAUAGAUUUUGUGGUUCAGUUGACCUUUGGUGCAGUUGUACUGAUCAAGAGCUCUAUAAUGCUAGAGUUUUACUAAUGAGAGCAUUACUUAGAUUGUUUUUGACACGUUCGGUAAUUUUAUUGCAUCUUGUACUUGGUGAAUGGUUUGAAAAAACUACUACUGACUUGAAGUAUCGAAGAAUUAUUGAAGACGAAUUUCAAAUUUUGCUUGAGCCGGUGCGUAAAUUGAGAAUUAAAGGAAAUUUUGUUAAAGAUCGUAUUUUGAACGGCCUAUCUGAACCAUGCAAAAACUUGGAUAAAUUGUUCGUCUAUUUAUCACAUUCCUCUCGAAAUUGUAAUUACAAUGAUGAAUCAAUUUCUUUACAAAAAGUAAUCGAAUCCCAAACUCGACUCAAAUCUCUCAAACUCGGCAACGUGCCAUUAUCUGCCCUGCUCCCUGCGUUACCCUCCCAAUCUAAGUCCCUGCGCAGCAUUAAUUUAUUGGACGUUACUUUCACCGAUAACAUACUAUGGUCCGACCUUUUUGAAUGUAAAAAUCUUGAAAAAAUUAAAUUUCGUGAUUGUAUAGGAUUUGGUAAGAACAUGAUCACUUCAUUUACAUCAGCAAUUUUUCCGAAAUUAAAAUUACUUGCGAUUGUCGGAGAAUGUAGAACAGAAAACGGUGAGCUCUUAACGAAGGAUGAUUGUCAUAUGUUGGUGGAGUGGGGACUUGAUCAAGGGGCUCUUGUUACAGUCGGCAAUUGGGAUUGUGUCGAUGGAUGGGUGAAAUUCGGGCAGACUGUGCAUGGUAUGUGA